AUGACUGAGACCUUCACAACGACUUUCCCGACUACUCCAAACCCGACAUGGACUUUACCGCGUUUCACACCCGCGCCAGAAUGUCUUGACACGAAGAGCAUAUGGAACUUGGAAACGGAGUGCUAUAGUGGCACGGAGGAGCGGCGCUACCGAACAACGCGGACGUGUAACUACCUCUGGCUGGGCUACACAGAUUACCCUCGCACGACCGGAGCUCUUGGCCUUGGAUUGAAUGGCUUUUGUGGUCCAGGCUGGAGGCACCCAGCGACGGAGUGUCCUGUUGGAUAUACCCCUGCCCAUACUGUAGACUACACACGUUAUGCCACCACAUCACGGCAGGUAUUGUGUUGCUUGGAAGCAUACGACUUUGAAUGGAGAAACCCGACUCUGACAGCCAAAGACGGCGGUUCAGGAACGCCAUACGAUAAUUUCUGCGUUGCAUCCAAUCUCAAACCAUCAGGCACUUCACCCUUGACUCUAACAGCGUUCGACCUCUCCUCCGCAAGCUCUUUACAAACAGAUAUCCGAGUCUCAACAACGAUAAAGUUCGAACCCGAGAAAGACCUCCUCCUCGCAUCAGCAGUCACCGUAUCCUAUCAGAUCAACUCAGGCGGAACCACUUGUGUUCCUGACUGUGAUGAUCCGUAUACAGGUGGACCUUGGCCACGGCCUGCAGAAACAGUUACUCCAGCUCCCCCGUCACCAAACGAUUCUGGUUUGGUGGGAUUAGAGAAGCUUGUCUGGGUAGGAAUUGCGUUUGGGAUUGUGGCUGGGCUGGGAAUUAUCGCUUGUAUUGGAUGUUGUAUACAUCGGAGAAGGAAGAGGAAGAGGAUAGUUGCUGCGCAAGGGCCUGCGGCGAACGAAGAGGGUCAAAAUCAGAUGCCAGUGGAAUUGCAAGUAUCGAAGGGAGGAAAGUCGGAAUAA